GUCGAGCCAGAUUCCUAUGCGAUCCGGAAACUAGGCGGAAACCGACCACCACCACAUCGGAAGCUCCAGCCUCCUCCAUAGCUCUCCAUUUGUCACUCUUUAGAUCUUCUGCCUCUUCGAUUCGAGUAGAUCGUGUUCUCCCCUUUGCUCUGUCUUUGUUCGUCGCAGCCAUGUCGGAAUCGGAAGGUGAGAGGGCGGAGAAAACGGCGGCGGUUUCGAGCUGUGAAGCGUAUUUCGAGAAAAUACAGUCGAGGAAGAAACUCUCCAUGUCUCUCCAACAAACCCUAACCUCUGCCUUCUCUGGAAUCCCCGUCUCCUCCUUCCCUCAAGUUCCCGGUGGCAGAGUGAUAGAGAUUCCGGCAGAUACUUCUGUAUCUGAUGCGGUGAAGAUCCUAUCAGACAGCAAGAUUCUGUCCGCCCCUGUCAAAAAUCCUGAUUCUGACAACUCAUCGGACUGGAGAGACAGGUACCUAGGAAUAAUCGACUACUCUGCAAUUAUUCUCUGGGUGCUUGAAAGUGCCGAACUUGCAGCCAUUGUAUUGUCUGCCUCGUCAGCAACAGCCGCUGGUGUUGGCGCAGGAGCAGUCGGGGCUCUCGGCGCAGUGGCUUUAGGCGUAUCGGGUCCAGCAGCUGUGGCCGGGCUGGCUGGCGCCGCCCAUCGUGGGGUCGGAAAAGAUGCCCCGACAACUGCUGAUAAUUUGGGGAAGGAUUUUUACCAGGUUAUUCUCCAGGAAGAGCCCUUCAAAUCAACCACUGUAAGAAUGAUACUGAAAUCCUUCAGAUGGGCUCCCUUUCUUCCGGUUUCCACAGAGAGCUCCAUGCUGAGCGUUCUAUUACUACUGUCCAAAUACAGGCAAAGAAACGUGCCUGUGGUUGAACCAGGAGCUCCUGAUAUAAAAAACUACAUCACUCAAUCCGCAGUUGUCCAAGGACUUGAAGGUUGCAAAGGCCGGGAUUGGUUUGAUCACAUCUCCGCUCUCCCGAUAUCUGAUCUCGGCCUCCCUUUCAUGUCACCGGACGAGGUUGUUAGCAUUGAGAGCGAUGAACUUGUUCUAGAAGCAUUUAAGCGGAUGAGAGACAACAACAUAGGUGGUCUCCCUGUCGUGGAGGGGGCGAACAAAACGAUUGUUGGAAACAUUAGCAUGAGAGACAUCAGAUACUUGCUUCUCCAACCUGAAGUCUUCUCCAACUUCAGGCAUCUCACCGUGAGGGGAUUUGCCACGAAGAUUGCUACGGCGGGGGAGGAAUACGGAAAGGCUAUUCCGGCAGUAACGUGCAAACCCGAUUCGACGUUAGGAAGCGUGAUAAACAGUCUGGCAUCAAAGUCGGUCCAUCGAGUAUAUGUUGGAGCAGGGGAUGAGAACGAGCUUUAUGGGGUAAUAACCCUAAGAGAUGUGAUCUCUUGCUUCAUCUUUGAACCUCCAAACUACUUUGGGAACUGCUUGGGAUUCUCAGUCGAAGAAAUGCUCAACCGGUGAGACACAGACCACAACUCUUGCAGCUUUCCUUGGUCUUCAGUCUUAUAAAGUCUUUUGCUUUUUAACUUGGUUCUGUACUGACAAAAGAGUUCAUAACACACAACUUCCUUUGUUGAAUGUGAACCAUAGAGCUUGAAUUGGUCCGAAAACAAUUCUUGAGAAGACAUAAUUUUGACGAAUCUUA